AUUUAAGAAUAUUUUCUCCAAAUUUUGUAUUCAUUGUUUAAAAUAUAUUUAAUCUGAUUACAGAUAUAUUCAUUUAGCAGGAUUUAGCUAGGUUUUUGAAUCUUAAAGCAAUUAAAAAUGAAAACCUAACCUAUUAGAAAUUUGUAAAUUAAAUCGUUUAAGACAAAUGAAAUGUAAAUAGGAUGGAAUAUUGGAAAUGUAGUUAAUAAGUACUUAUUCACUGUCAUUUGGUAUAUUGCUCUGUAACAAAUAUUUAUAUUUUACUGCUUUAGAAUGGGAAAUGUAUUUGUUAUUGUAUGAAUCAUUAUUCCCCAAAAUAGCAAUCUUAAAAUAACCAUUAUUCUCAUCAUGCAUAGGAUAGUUGAGUUUCUAGUUUAACUUGUUUUAAAAAAACAUUAUGUUUUGUAUAAUAAUUCUUGACUGUCGUUUUAAUAAGGGAUGGGUAUCAUUUAUAGCCAUGAUUUUCUUAGACCUUUGAAGCCUUAAGAAGAAAAUCUACUUUGUGACGUAGCCUAUAAGCUGCCAUAAGUCUUUAACAAGUCACUACAUUAUGUUCUGUGAAGAAAGAAAAAUGCUACGAAUUAAAAAGAAAAGAUAGUGCUUUCAUAUCACCUGGAAUUUUAUACAUAAAUGUCAGAAAUCUCCCUUAAUCUUGAUUACAUGAAUUUUAAUCCAACUAAGUUGUGUUUACAUAAAAGUAAAAUGUAAUUGAAAUAGUUUCUCAAAGCUUCUUGCCUUGACUCAAAGUUUUCCUUGCUCUUGAAGAGUAAAGGUGAUAUGGCAUUUCUUAGGAGCAUCUUUAAAUGAAAUCCUUGGUACCCAGGAGACAGUCGUCUUGACCUGUCUUUAUCUGUGCACACCUAAAUUUCAUAGAAUGGUUUUGGAACUUUUCUACUUAACCAGUUCCCUCAACGCCCCUUUAUGACCCUUUGUUUCUCGGAGUUCCAGAAGUGUUGUAUCCUUAUCUCUGGGCUAUUCCUCAAAGUUGUGUAAACUUCAUUCUAUAAAUUUUGGAUGUGUGCAGAUAAAGACAGGUCAAGGCUGUCUUGUGGCUAAUGAAGAUUGUGAGAAGCAUCCUGAAUUCAGCAUGGCCAAAAGAAAAAAAGAAAAGACAGAAAAAGAAAAGAAAAAUCUUACAAAGGCACUCAGUAGUAUUUAGCCUGGAGCAAGACAUCCUAAAUGAUGAAAAGACUGAAUUGGAGGCAACACUUAAAGAAGCCGAGUUGGCAGCCUGUUCCAUAGAAUUACUUUUGCCAUUAUUUAAGGAUACCAUUGACGAGAUUAGUUUUGAAAAUGCUAAUCUUUCUACAUCCAGUUUGAAGAUUUCUAAACAGAGGGAAAUAUUAACAAAAGAAUUAGAUACAUUUAAACGGGUAAAACUAGCCUUGGAGCACCUUCUUAGAAAGACCAACGACAAACAAACAGAAGACAGUUUACCCAGCAAGUUAUUACAGAAUCUGACUGACAAUGAAAGUGAAAAUAUUAAUCUUAAGAAGAAGGUACUUGAAAAGGAGGCCUAUAUCCAAGAACUUUCUUGUUUGUUUCAGAAUGAAAAGGCAAAUGCUUUGAAAGCGAACCGUUUUUCUCAGGCAGUGAAACUAGUACAUGAUCGACUACAGCGCCAGGUUCAUAAAAGGGAAGCAGAGAAUGAUAAAUUGAAAGAAUACAUAAAGGGCUUAGAAAUCAAGAUAGCUAAAUGGAACUUGCAACUGAGGACAAAUAAACAUGAGACUGUAGCAGUGAAAGAAGCAAGUAGACAAAAAGCUAUAGCUCUAAAAAAGGCAUCUAAAAUUUACAAACAAAGGCUUGACCAUUUUACAGGAGAUAUUGAACAUGUUACUUCUCAAAUUAGAGAUCAGGAAGCCAAGUUGUCUGAAGCAGUUUCAGCUUCCAAUGCCUGGAAAAGUCAUUAUGAGAAAAUUGUAAUAGAAAAAACUGAAUUGGAAGUUCAGAUCGAAACAAUGAAAAAGCAAAUCACUAAUCUUUUGGAAGACCUAAAGAAAAUGGAAGUCCAUGGAAAAAAUUCAUGUGAAGAAAUUCUUAGAAAACUUCACUCAAUGGAAUGUGAAAGUGAAACUCUGAGUCUUGAAAAUGAGGAAUUGAAGGGUGCACUUGUUGCUUUGAAGGACAAGGUUGUUUCUGUUGAAAAGGAACUCUUAGAAUUGCAAGAAUUAGAAAAAGAACAGAAAACCCUUAUUGAAGUAUAUAAAACUCAGGUACAAAAGUUGCAAGAAGCAGCUGAAAUGGUGAAAAGCAGGUGUGAAAAGUUGCUACAUGAAAAUAAUCUAAUAACAAAAAACAAAAAUAAAAAAUUAGAUGAGAUGAGAGGCCAGAUGGAGUCUCAUCUGAAGGAGGUAGAACGUAUCCGUGAUUCCUUGACGGCGGCUGAACGGAGGCUUCAGGAGUGUCAGGAGAGCCUGCAGCACUGCAAGGCGAAAUGUGCAGACCAGGAACACACCGUUAGGGAGCUUCAGGGCCAGAUUGAUGUAAAUCAGAGUCUUCUAACAAAGCUUUCUUUGGAGGAGGAAAAUUAUCUAAUUCAGUUGAAGUGUGAAAACCUUAAACAAAAAUUAGAACAGAUGGAUGCAGAGAAUAAAGAACUUGAGAAGAAGCUGGCAAACCAAGAAGAAUGCCUUAAACACAGCAAUCUGAAGUUUAAAGAGAAAUCUGCAGAAUACACAGCAUUAACCAGGCAACUGGAAGCUGCUUUAGAAGAAGGAAGACAAAAGGUUUCUGAAGAAAUAGAGAAAAUGUCAUCUAGAGAAAGGGCUUUACAAAUUAAAAUAGUAGAUCUGGAAACUGAGCUUAGAAAGAAAAAUGAAGAACAAAACCAACUUGUUUGCAAAAUAAACAGUAAAACACAACAUCAAGAAGUAUGUUUGAAAGAAAUGCAACAUAGUCUUGAGAAGUCAGAGAAUCAAAAUGAAAGUAUUAAGAAUUAUUUACAGUUUCUUAAAACUUCUUAUGUAACAAUGUUUGGGUAAACCAUUGAAUUUCUUUUUUAUCAGCAUUAGGUUUUUACUAUGAAUCUAAAAUGUGAUUAGGUAAAAAAAUAGUACUGGUUGUUAUGAUUUGUAAAUAGAUAUUUGAAAUAUAAUUUAUUAUCUAAUUGAAACUUGAAGACAUGAUAGCUGCUAGUAUUCCUUUUUUCUGGAUAAUUCUCACUUAACUACUAUAUUAGUUUUAGAACAUUUUUCUGAAACACCCACUAUGAGAAUCAUUUUUUGUGAUGUCUGUAGCCACCAUUCAAUUGGAUUUGUAAUAAACCUAGGCCAAUUAUGAGCCAAAUAUAUGAUUCUAAAUAAUGUAUAUAGUUGUCUUAUAUUGUGAUGUUAUAUAAUAAAAUAUUCUGAAUUUUAAAUUUAAUGAUGAUAUAAUUAUGACUUCCUAAAAUACCAAAUUUUCAAUAUACCUAAUAUUGCUUUAAGUAUAUGCUGAGUUGCUAUUAUAAUCUGUUAGAUUUUAAAUGUAAAAUUUUAAGUCAUAGUUCUUAAAUGCCAGCUGAUGAUGACAGAUGAAAGCAUAUUGGCAUGCAUUGUUUCUUUAUAAAGGCAUUUAGGCUGUCUUGUGAAUACAUAGUCUCUUCGUUCAUUUUAUGAUAGUGAUUAUCAGAUAUCAUUGUAGACAUCCUAAAGCCUCUGAGUUAAGUAUCAAAGGGGAACACCCAG